AUGAGUAAACUGCUGAAUCGACAUGUUGUGUCAUCAUGACAGCUCACUUUAAAAAGAGCUUAGUCUCCUCUGACUUGUUCUGACACAUCUGAAACUGCACCAUGAAGACACUUGCAUCUUGCCUUUUCUUCUGUCUCUGCUGUGGCCUUGCAUGGUCUGAGUUGAAAACGGUGAGAAAAUGUUUAAGGGAGAAGGUCAUCAUAUUCCCAGAGCACUCCACCAAAAACUAUGUGCAGCUCCAUGCAAAUGAAUCUAUGGAUUUCCCUGGAAUCACUGUGUGCCUGCGAUUCUAUACUGAUGAAUCCAGCAAAAACCAAAGUCUGUUUUCUCUGGCUACACCAUCUGACGCUAAUGACUUCACCAUAUCCUGGUCACCCAUCAACCUGUACAAGCUGCAGGUUCACGGUGCCACCGCUGAAUUUAACGGGCUGCCGUUCAAACUUAACCGAUGGAACUCAGUUUGCGCAACCUGGAACUCUGUCAGCGGUGUCGCUCAGGUGUUUGUCGAUGAAGUGCCCAGCGUACAAAAGGCUGUGGCUGUUAAAAACGGUUUUAAAGGUGACACCAAAAUCGUUCUUGGCCAGAGUCACAAAUUAUAUGCAAAUGAAGACUUUAGGCAAGAUCUUGCCUUUACAGGUUUCAUGACAGACGUACAUGUCUAUAAGGAAGUGUUAACCCCUCGUCUCAUUAAAAACUUCAUGGAGGCAAAGAUUAAAUUUAAACUGGGUGAUUUCAUAAACUGGCGUAAUCUCAAACACACAGUUGCAGGUUCUGCUGCUGUGGAACCGAGGCAGCAUGUAACCUUUUAUACCAAUCAAGAGGAGAAUUAGGCUGCUGUUGUGUUGCAUUGUGAGAAAUGUUUGUGAAUUCCAUGUAAAAGGAUCUUUGUAAUGUGUUUCAGUAAUAACUGAAUAAUAAAUAUUGAGCAGAGA